CGGAACCAAUGGGCGCGCGGACAGCCAGGUGGGCGGGGCGGGCGCGGCCUCGGCGACGCGAAGACGGGAGCGGGCGGAGAGCGCGAGCCGACCGGGCGCACCGACCAUGGCCUCCAAGUGUCCCAAGUGCGACAAGACCGUGUACUUUGCUGAGAAGGUGAGCUCCCUCGGCAGGGACUGGCACAGGUUCUGCCUCAAGUGUGAACGCUGCAGCAAGACACUGACGCCCGGUGGCCACGCUGAGCAUGAUGGGAAGCCGUUUUGCCACAAGCCUUGCUACGCCACGCUGUUUGGACCCAAAGGUGUGAACAUCGGAGGUGCCGGUUCCUACAUCUACGAGAAGCCCUCUGCGGAGGGACCGCAGGUCACCGGCCCCAUUGAGGUCCCUGUUACCCGAGCUGAGGAGCGAAAGGCGAGUGGCCCCCCAAAGGGGCCUAGCAAAGCCUCUAGCGUCACCACGUUCACGGGGGAACCCAACAUGUGUCCUCGCUGCAACAAGAGGGUCUACUUUGCCGAGAAGGUGACGUCCCUCGGCAAGGACUGGCACCGGCCGUGCCUGCGCUGUGAACGCUGCGGAAAGACACUGACGCCCGGCGGGCACGCGGAGCACGACGGCCAGCCCUACUGCCACAAGCCUUGUUACGGAAUACUCUUCGGACCCAAGGGAGUCAACACUGGAGCCGUGGGCAGCUACAUCUAUGACAGGGACCCUGAGGGCAAAGUUCAGCCCUAGGCCCACCCCCCAACCCCCAGGGCAUGGGCCCCUACCACAGGCCCCACUGCUUAGCUCUGGGGGGGGAGAGUGACCAGUCCCUCCUCCUCAGCAUGUCCUGUCCUUGGGGAAGAGGAAGCUGCCCUGGGCCGUCUCCCCGCUCCUCUGGGUGUGGCUGCCUUUUUGUCCCAGCACCUGUUACCCCCUCUUGUGUCUUCAUGGCCCCCUCUCCGUGUGGCCCCACAUGUCUCUGUGUCUGUGUGUCUCGUGGCCCCAUGUGUCCCUGUGUAUCUCCGUGGCCCUGGGUGGGUCCCUCCAAGGUGGCCAUCCCACUUUCCCCUUCCUGCUGCCCCCCAGUAUUAUUUAUCUCCUCUUGCUGCUGUGACCACAGCCACGCCCCUCACAGUGUCCGUGGACAGGGCACCCUGCCAGGGCCCUGUGCCGUCUCCCACACUGCCUUGCAAGCACCCACCCGCCACCCUCACACAGUUUUUGCUGUCAAUAAAAGGUUUGAGGAUUGCA